CAACACUGAAACAAAGUUGGAGGUUCUGUUUCCUCUGGUCCAUGUUUUGUGUCACCAAUACAGUAGAGGAUUUAUUCAUGAAACAUUUUGUCCACGGCGAUCAUCUCCCUCACGCAGACCUUCAAGAGAAGUCAAUUAAAAAAUCUAGUUCUUCCAAUGCCAUCGGAUUGCGAAAUAAACUGGAGGGAGCAUCGGCCGAGUAUAAAAGGUCGAAAUAUCUUUGGGAUGAUACUCGACUCUUCAUCCAAACAUCAUACGGCUAACAUGAGGCUCCUGCUCAUCGCUCUGAUUUGCCUGACGGCUUCUUCAGCUUUGUCGUUGCCGAAGCAGAAGAGGAAUAUCCUACCUGGUGAUCCACGUUAUGGAACCAGCGAUCAUCAUCAUCAUGAGAACGUAGUGGAGAACGCAAGAUCCCUUAGUGACUCUUAUGCCCAGAUACCAGAUACCGGCUAUGGACCUCCUGAAUAUGAACCAAGUGCUCCCUUGAACAAUGCGUACUUGUCACCACUCGGUGAUGUCAACAGUCAUUCCGCACCGGUACUGUCUUAUGGAGUUCUUGAUACUGUUCAUGUAACUCAAAUAAACUUAAUAGAGGAUAGAAUAAUAGAAAAUGCUCUUGAAGCGGUUAAUACCUAUUUGGUACCGGAGAAAACGGUACCAAGCUCCACGGUUUCGGUACCUGUUGAAGGAACAGCGACUGCUAUACCGCCUGCAACUUCUUAUGGAACUCCGGAAAGUAAUAUUAAGACCACAAUAGGAACUGGAGUCACUUCCCAAGUGAAAUCUACAGUCACAAAGGUAAAGACCGGAGUCCAUGAUGUAUCUUCAUCAACUGUGAAUGUUGUUAAACACGUACCUGUCGUAAAAGAGGUUACACGUUCUACUGGUACAGUGCAAGCCCCCGCCACGGUUACAACAACCAUAAGGAAAAAUAUUUUUGGCAGCGGUCUGCUAACUGAAACAUUACCCAACACAUACACCUCUUACGGAGGAGUCCUCCACGUGCCCCGCUAUGACGUUUCUUCCCAUGUUCCUUCCUUUCUUUAUUCGCCAGGAUUCAAUUCCUUUGACACUCUUUCAACUGCAUACAGUAGACUUAAUCCUGUAGCAUCUGAUCAUCAGGGUAUAAAUUUGGAUGUUCCUCUACCUCUUUCAUUUAAACUCCAAGUCAGUAAAAAUGUUCCAAACACCUAUUCUUUUCCACAAUCUGUCGAAUUUCCUACAACAUAUCACGUUCCACACUCGCUUACACACAGCCUCGUGCAUCAUACACAGCCUUUAAACACCUUGUACUCCUCACCUUCUAUCUCCUCCGUGGAAUCGCUUUCUCCAGCACAACAUAUAUCUUCCGUGGAAACUUUAAGUCCUCUGGGAUCAGCUCACACUGUGGAUACUUUCACGCCGGUGCAAUCCGUGGAAACCUUGUCACCGCCGCACUUGGUGCAUACCGUAGAAUCCGUGAAGUCGGUGGAAACCACGCCAGUCCAACAUACCGUGCACUCUAUUCAAUCUGUGCCAUCGGUGAAAACCGUGGGAUCUCUAACACCAGUUGAACAUACUGUGCAUCCAGUGCAAUCCGUAACAACGGUACAUCCUCUGGAAUCCGUAGAGACCGUGACGUUGCAUCCAUUGAAGUCAGUGGAAAUCGUGUCACCAUCGCAACCAGUAGAAUCUUAUCAUACAGUGUCUGAAGUAGUUAAAACCAGUACACCUGUGGUUCAAAGUCACGUUCAGCUACAAAAGGGACCGAUAACCGAUUUCUUCCAAAAUCUUAACCUCUCGUUGCCCUCGUUUCCCUCGUUGCCCUCGCUACCUUCUUUCCCUUCUUCCUCUUCCUUCUUCACCUUUACUACUUCCCCCGUAAGCUCAACAACCGUACUCCCAUUAGUGGAAUCAUCUACCCCAUCCAGCACCCUUUUGGCUAGCGCUUAUAACCAGGAAAGUAUCGAUACUUCGUUAUUACACAAUGAUAACCUAGUGAAGAGUGUUGUUACAUCGAGUAACGAGUACGUUCAACCCACGGAUGACAAAGGUGGAUACAUUUAUUAAAAGUACAUUGCAAAUAUUUUCUGUCACGAAAUAUAACAAAAGCAUUGGAUGAAAAGUCCGUGUUGUACGAAGCAGAGUUAAGUUGUAGUUGAGAGGCCUAACGAGAUGGAAAACUAUUGUUUUGAAUGACUGUACGCAAUAAGUAACAGAGGAUUCCUAAGUGCAAACCUUAAAUUUCUGAUCGCCUGAGAUAAACAUUUAGUUAACACAUGAAUGUAAAACACGAAUACAUGACUAUUAUAAGUAAAUAAAAUUCUUUUAUUAUAAA